UUACUAAAACUAAACAGAAUGGUGGAGGAUCAAUCUAUCCAACACCUUAUUUCUUGGGCCAAGGAAGGAGAUAUGUUUUAUGUCUACAACUGUAUCAAGCUCUCUGAUACUGUUCUUCCAAAGUUUUUCAAGCAUAAUAACUGGCAAAGUUUUGUCCGACAGUUGAAUAUGUACGGGUUUCAUAAGAGUAAGUGUCAGGAGUCCAAUAUGAAUCGUAAGAACCCCGAAACACAGCGGUGGCAAUUCUACCAUCCUCACUUCCAGCGCGAUUUCCCACAAUUACGGAAAAAUAUCAAGCGCAAAUCUGCAAGGUCGCUGAACACUGCCCCAGCAACAUCUCGAGUUGUGUUUGAGCAUGGAAAGGGCUACUUCCUUCAGAGAAACGAUAGGUCGAGGUCAAACAGCGGCGAAGGUAGCCAAAUACCGCCUCCAGGAAACCCCACUCAUCCUCGAGGUCCUGAAAGCAAACCCAAUCCAGGGCAACAACACCAUAAUAUGAGUCGCCAUCCUCCCCAUACGCAUAAUCCUAGAGAACAACAGCAUCGGGAUGACAUGGUAAGAACAAGUGCAAUUCAACUGUUUUGCUUGACUACGUUUUUUUAUUUUUAUUUUUUUAUGUCCUUGACAUACGUGGAUAAAUAA